AUGGAAGCGGCAAGUGCAGUGACCGCAGUGACUACAACGACCAAGCUGGCAGCGCGGCUCCCCCGCUCCCGCUCGCACCCGCGGCUCGUCCGCGCCCGCGCCCACUCGCGGCUGGGCCGGGCCCGUGCGUCGCUAUCGCUGACCCGGCCGCCCACCCCGACCCUGCCGCACCCGCCGCUACCCGGCUUGCCUCCGGGUCUGAGACCGGAGCCCCCGCCGUCGUCGGCGCUAGCCCUGGCCGAGUUGCCUCCGCUGCCUGCGCUCCCGUUGCGGCCCGAGCCGCUGGCACCUUGGGGCCCCGGUGCCUACCUGGCGCUGCCCGAGCUACCUCCCGAGGCUUGCGCGCCCGAGCCGCCCGCCGCCGCUCUCGCCCUGCAGGACCUCCCACGCCUGCCUGCGCCUGCGCCACCGCCCGCGCACCUGCCACUGCCGCCGUUGCCGGAGACCGCGAUCGUCGCCACUCCCGGGCCUGUGGGCGCGCGAGGCCGUCCGCCACUGGUAGCCGAGACGCCCCCACAACCGCUGCCGCCGCUGCCCGCACGGCCCUCGUCUUUCAACCUACUGGCGCCGCCUGCGCCCUGCGACCCCUGGCCACUGCCCCCUUUCUCACCUCCCCUGCCGCCGCCGGCGCUGCCACCACCUCACUUCUUUCUGUCGCCGCCCUGUUGA